CCUGCCUCAUCUGUUGCAAAGCUGCGAAAGAGGCGGCGGUCCACGCAUCCUGCCAGCUGAAACAGAAGAAACUUUGUGUUAAGUUGCACAGUAUCAGCAGGGAAAUGCAUUAAGAGAAGCCAAUGGGAGAAUCUACGGAUUACACAGCCUGCGCUUUGAAGCCGUGCGUAAAGUAGAAGAAAUCUGGUUAGUGGACUAUGAGCGAACUUGCGGAACCAGCACGUUUCGCGAGAAGUUAGUUUUUUUUAAGUGUUACAGUUAGAUUUAGAUAACUGGAAGUUUUCAUGACACGUUUUCUGCGACUGUUGAGGGCUGAAGACUGAGAAAUAGACGCAUCUGUCCGCUCGGAAGUCGAGGAGGAUUUUGGAGACUGCAGACAUGAGACCGUUUGUCAUCUGCGCGCUUCUGCUGUUAAAAGUUACUCUUGGAGAUGCCUGUGCCAGCGGCCAGUUCACUGAAUCAGGGCAGUGUUGCAGUCUGUGUCCCGCUGGCUUUGAAGUGGAGGUACAGUGUGGGGAAGAGGAUACCAAGUGCACACCAUGCCCACAGGGAACGUUUUCCUCGUCUGAGGGCCUCGGCCCUUGCAUUCCCUGUGCCAAGUGCCCACCUAGUGUUCCCAUGGUGGCCGCUUGCACUGCCACUCAAGAAACACAAUGCGAAUGUGACAAUGGCUUCUUCUUUUUGAGCAACCACCACCUGUGUGCGCCUUGCUCCAAAUGCAACCGUGGCGAGGGUGUCAUCCGGGACUGUGGCCUUCAGGGAAAUACGCAGUGCCAGAUCUGUGGCCCGGGAACAUUUUCUGAGGAGAUUACUAGCACCAAACCCUGCCAGACCUGCACCCAGUGCUCGGACAGCGAGGUGGAGAUCCGACACUGCAUGCCCAACUCAGACACGCUCUGCAUGGACAAGAAGCUGCACAUUCUGUCCCGUCCUGCUCAGGGUGGGUCCGAUGCUUCUCGCUGGCCAGUUGUCGAUGAGGGGAUGGAAGGGCAGACCAGUCCUGCCCCUGGAACGCACAAGUUUACCCCACAAGAUGAGAGCGGCAGCAACAACAUUCUGGCCUAUGUGUCUGUCCUGGCUGCCGUGGUGCUGGGUCUGCUUCUUUAUGUGGCUUAUAAAUGCUGGAGAUCGUGUAAACAGAAGAAGGCUCUUUCUAAGGCCCGUGCAGCUGAGUUGGGAGCAUCUCCAGAGGGAGAAAAGCUUCAAAGUGACAGCGGUGUUUUUCUGGACUCUCAGAGCCUGCAGGACAACCAGCCCAGCAAAGGGACGAAGAGGGACAGCAAGCAGGACAACCGCCUUUACGUCAACCUACCCCCCAACAGACAGGAAGAGGUGGAGCGCCUCCUACAGGAGGGAGGGGGCCGGGGGUGGAGGCAGUUGGGCGCAGCGCUGGGCUACGAGCCUGAACAGCUGGACCUGUUUGGGCGUGGAGAGGCCCCUGCUCACACGCUCCUCUCUAACUGGGCCCAGAAAGAAGGCGCCACUCUGGGACUGCUGUGUUCUGCACUGGCCCGCAUUGAGAGGCCCGACGUGGUAACGGCUCUUAACUGCCCCGCACAGGGUGUUUCUUUGGUCUGACGGCUCCUUGAAUGAACAUGUGACACUGACAGACUCGUGUGAAGAACUCUGAAAUGACAAGGAUGGCACUCUGAUAUCAGCACCUGUCAUUGAUCAUGAUCCAGAUUGCUUUGUUGGACACUUACAAUCCAGUUUUUACAAAGAGAACAAAAAUAUUCUUGUAUUAUUUACUUGAGGGAACAACAUUUUUUAAUUCUGGUUAAGCCUCAACGCCUUACUCAGCGGACACUGCAGAAACCUGGUCACAUUGGAUUAGAACAACAAUGACCUCUACAUACACAACAAUAAGUACAUUUACAAAGUUGUUUACAUGCACACUAAUCCUGGUAACUGUGAGUGUUUGGUUAGUGGCAGGAAACAGAAUAAUGUGUUUACUCUCAUCACACAAGUGUGAUUAUUCGAAAAACCACUGUUUACAUGAUAUUUGGAUAGCAAUCAGACUUGUCCCCCACCCCCACUAAAAAAUAUCAGCCUUCCGUUCACCAUUGUAAACAAAUACAGCUUAGAUCAUCAUUUCUAGUAAAGCUAGCCUGGUUUUAUGAAUCACAACUUCAGCAACCUCUUUGGUUUUGCAGAUGAUUUUUUGCCAGAAGGAGAUGGUUUCUUCCAACAACUCUGCUUUCCAACAUGAUGUGACUUUCCCUAUUUGGGAUCAUUUCUGUGCACAUGUGCAUGCCUAAGAAGAGAAGAAAAAUCCAAGAAACCCAGUCAAGGGUUUAUGUGGCCAAGUGAUCAAACCCUCCCGAUGAUGCUUGCAGUUGCUAAGAAGACUUUAUCUGAUGUGUACAUGGGACCUACUCACUAGAUUGUUUUUUUAGUUUGUUGUCUUGUUUUUUUGUUUCUUUCCUGCUGCAGUCACUACGUAGCCUUGGUAUUUAUUCACACUGAGGAUAUAUUAUGCACCAGUUAUGUUUCAUAUCUUAUCAGAAGACAAGAAAAUGAAGCAUUCUUAAAAACACCUUUCUUAGCUCUUCCUAAUAAUCAUCUAUGAUUGUAAAUAUCUUAAAUAUGAAUUUGAUAAGUCAUGGCUUAAAGUGAGAUCAUUUAUGAACUGUGAAGGCUGAAGAAGGGAAUAGAAAUUAACCUAUUCUCUUUACAUUCAUAAGACACAGCUCCAUUUUUGUCACCUUGAUUUCUCAUAGUAGACAGAAAAAAAAAGUUCACGUCAACGCUCGUGUCCAAUCUUUCCAGCUUGCUUUUGUAUUUAUUUCACCACCGUUUCAAGUAUAAAACUAAAUAAAAUCUAUGAGAACCAUGGACAUCUGCAGUGUGCUAGUUACACUAUGUGAUGGCCUUAGAUGGUUUGAUAUUUUUUCUAUCGCCAGCCAUGUAUGGUUUUAUGUAUAUAUUUCCUAGUGGUAUGCCUUAAUGUGUUUUGUAAGAUUUUUUAUUCAUUUAAUAAAUAACUUUGAUAAGUCA